GUGAAUCCCCACCAACCUCCUCAAGAUCCAGUCGGCCACCCCAUGAUGCACCAGUCAGCCAUUAAACAUGCCACUGGGGAAGCCGUGUACGUUGAUGACAUGCCCCCCGUCGCCCAAGAACUCUUCCUGGCUGUAGUUACCAGCACCAGAGCUCAUGCAAAGAUCAUAGCAAUUGAUGUUUCAGAAGCCCUGGCACUUCCCGGUGUUGUUGAUGUGAUAACAGCAGAAGAUGUUCCGGGAGAUAAUAACCAUAAUGGAGAGAUUCUCUAUGCACAGAACGAGGUGUGUGAUUUGUAUGUGGCUUAGGAUUCAAAUACUU